AUGCAGUCGGCCUGGGUGUUAGUUGUCAGCAUGCUGCUGUUGGGAUCAUCAGUAGAGAGUAGUUACAGUGCAUCAUACUCUAGCUCCUCGUCGGUUCCAGGGCAAGCUCCAGUCACAUAUACCUACACAACAGGAAACGCGCAGGCUGUUGCUUCCACCUACCAACCAACUUACCACUACAUGCAAGUAUAUGUGUCUCCUCAAGGGUCUCCUCCACGUCGGAUGAAACGGCAACUUCAUAGGACUGACGCAUCUCAGCAGAUACAUCAGGCAAAUCCACCUCCAGGAUCAUUACCUCCUUUAGAGAGUUCUCCUCAAACAUUCAUAUUCCUUCCCUUUGUUUCCCGAGAUAACCCACCGGCCUAUUUUGCACCAGGAGGUUUUUCAAAAGGCCAAACUUCUCGCGUAAGUAAUGAGGACUUUCCUGGAGAGAGUAUAAGCAACAACCGUGUUCAGAGAAACGCUGUUUUUGCAUCACCUUCUCCUAUAUAUGGUCCCCCAGGCUUCGCUGCUGGCAGUUUAGCUGGUGCCCAAGCUCAAGCUGCUGCUGCACCACCUUCUCCUACAUAUGGUCCCCCCGCCUUCGCCGCUGGCAGUUUAGCUGGAGCCCAAGCUCAAGCUGUUGCUGUUGCACCACCUUCUCCUACAUAUGGUCCCCCCGCCUUCGCUGCUGGCAGUUUAGCUGGGGCCCAAGCUCAAGCUGCUGCUGCUGCACCUUUAGCUGGAGCCCAAGCUCAAGCUGCUGCUGCACCACCUUCUCCUACAUAUGGUCCCCCCGCCUUCGCUGCUGGCAGUUUAGCUGGAGCCCAAGCUCAGGCUGCUGCUGCGCCGCCUUCUCCUACAUAUGGUCCCCCCGCCUUCGCUGCUGGCAGUUUAGCUGGAGCCCAAGCUCAAGCUGCUGCUGCUGCACCGCCUUCUCCUACAUAUGGUCCCCCCGCCUUCGCUGCUGGAAGUUUAGCGGGAGCUCAAGCCCAAGCUGUUGCUGCACCUCAUUUUACGUAUGGGCCUCCUGCCUCCGCUGCUAAAAGUGUAGCUAGCACCAAUCAGUUUUCUUCCAGUGGAUUAGCUAAUAAAGAAGAAGCAGGUCCUUAUAAAGUAGCCAUUCCAAAACCUCACGAGGUUUACGGACUACCUGCAGGUGAAAAAGAUGUUUCGUCUGGAGUGGAAUUUGAUAUUGAUGAAAUUCCAAGUAAUCUAAUGUUUAUUCCAGCCUUCCCUGGAGGUAAAGUACCAGCAGGUGUACAAUUAUCCCCUCCUGUUCCUGGAGGCUUUAUCCCUCCUGAUGGAGCACUCUUGGCACCUCCUGCUCCAAUAGCAAUUCCCUCUCCUAAAUGA